AUUCUUAUUGAAUCAUACAAAGUCAAUGCUAAUUUGCAAUUUUUCAAGAAAUGCGGCGUCCUAGAAUUGAUUUACAGGGCGCCAUAUCAUGGGUCUCUUUCUAAUUCUCAUCCAAACGGACCUUUCAGUUCAUCAUAUUUUAUGCAUUCCAAUGGGAGUUAAAUCCACAACCAACACAUUUCUUGGACCCAGAGAUUGAUAUGGUUAAAUGCACUGACUUCUUCUGGGGUAUAGUAAAGUAGCCUAAGGAAUCAAGCUAAAAGUCAAGGGGACAGUACAAUAUUUUUGGCAUUUUGUGCAGCUGAAAGUCUACAUUCUUACAAAAUAUCAGGGGAAGACUUAACCUCAAUUGUGAAGCUAAGUGCUUCUCUUUCAGAUGUCAGAAAUUAUUAGGAAGACUUAGAUCACAUGCACUAAUUGUUCUUAAGUAAACUUUGACUUUUCCAUUCAAAGGAUUAUUGUGUAUACUCAAAGAAGUGAAGAAUUGUUUUCUUCAUCUUCCUUUCUGGAAUUUAUACUGGAGGGGUCUUCCUGCUUAAAAUUCAUGCUGUGUAUCUGCUCUAUAUUCUUUACUAUUUAGCUAAAUAACAUGAAUCUGAAGAAGUAUGAUGUGUUCAUUAGCUUUAGAGGUGCAGACAUCCGUGAUGGUUUUCUCAGCCAUCUUUAUAAAUCUUUAUGUAGAAACCAAGUUCAUGCCUUUGUGGAUGAAAAUCUUGACAGAGGAGAAGAUAUCACAUCAUCCCUGUUGGAAAUAAUUGAACAAUCAUAUGUUUCUGUUGUCAUUUUCUCAGAGAACUAUGCAUUUUCUCCUUGGUGUUUGGAUGAACUUGUGAAGAUACUGGAAUGUAAAACAACAAUGGCACAGAUUGUCCUACCAGUGUUUUACCGUGUAGAUCCAAUUCAUGUGCAACAGCUUACAGGGUGUUUUGGGGAUGCAAUUGCUAAGCAUAGAGAAGAAUUCAAGAACUCUUUACGCAAGGUGGAGACUUGGUGCCAAGCUUUGAAGGAAACAACUGGGAUGGCAGGGCUGGUUUCUCAGAACAUUAAGUGUACUUUUUUUUUUUGUGGCAUUGUGACCAUGCCCAACAUUAUGAACUUUAUCAUCCAUCAUUUUCUGUGUUUCUUGUGGCUGAUCAUUUUGCCUUUUUGUACAUGGUCAGGUCUGAUUCUAACUGCAUCUUUCCAAAGUGAUUCAUGCAAUGAUGGGUUAGUUGGAAUUGAUUUACGUGUCAAGUAUGUUGAGUCAUUAUUAUGCCUCGAGUCUGCAGAUGUGCGUGUAGUAGGAAUUUGGGGAAUGGGCGGUAUUGGCAAAACAACAGUUGCUGUAAAAGUAUUUGAUCAAGUUUCUGGUCAAUUUACAAGUCGAUGCUUUUUUGGAGAUGUUAGGGAAAACCUGGAAAAGUUCACACCAGAUUGUUUACAAAGGGAACUUCUUUUUCAAGUGUUAGGAAAAGAAAUUUCAAAUGCAGGCAUGCCAAUUAUGUUAUCAUCUUCUAUUAGAAAAAUGCUUUCACGAAGAAAAGUUCUCAUUGUUCUUGAUGAUGUGAGUGAUCUAAAGCAAAUAGAGCUUUUGAUAGGGAAACAUACAAGCUAUGGUCCAAGGAGUAGAAUUAUCAUGACAAGCAGAGAUAAACAAUUGCUUCAGAAUGCAGGUGCGGAAAUAUAUGAAGUUGAGGAAUUGAAUGGCUCUGAGGCUCUGUUGCUCUUUUGCUUGCAUGCCUUCAAACAAGAUUCUCCAAAGAAGGGAUACAUGGCUCUUUCAGAAAGAGCAAUUAAAUAUGCUCAAGGGGUUCCAUUAGCUCUUAAGGUCUUAGGUUCCAAUUUAUACAGCAGAGAUGUAGAAGAGUGGGAAGAUGAAUUGGAAAAGCUUAAAGGUGCAUCAGAUGAAGAAAUUAGGAAAGUACUGAGAAUAAGCUAUGACGAACUAUGUGAGAAUGAGAAGGAAAUAUUUCUUGAUAUUGCAUGUUUUCUUAAAGGAGUAGAUAAAGAUCGAGCUGAAAGUAUACUGGAUGUUCAUGGUUCCAGAAUUGGAAUAAGACGACUGCUUGAUAAGUCUCUGAUAUCUAUCUCAAACAAUGAGUUAGAUAUGCAUGACUUGCUGGAGCAAAUGGCUAAGGAUAUUAUUUGCCAGGAAAAACAGCUUGGCAAACGAAGUAGACUGUGGCAGGCUACGGAUAUACAUAAUGUAUUUACAAAAGAUAAGGCAAGAAACAACGAGUUUGUGUCUUUAUCCCCUAUAUAUUUCGGUGGCAAAACCAAAGUACACCUUCCUAAAGGCCUUGAGUUUCUUCCGGAUGAGCUAAGAUUUCUCUACUGGUAUCAUUACCCUUCAAAGUCUUUACCAGUGAAAUUUUCUGCUGAGAAUCUUGUUGAACUUCACUUGUGUAAUAGCCAACUUAAAGAACUUUGGAAUGGAGUUCAGUAUCUUGUAAAUUUGAGAUUUAUUGACCUCAGCUAUUCUGAGUAUCUAUUCAAAUUCCCAGACAUGUCUAGAGCUCAGAGUCUUGAGGUUUUAUAUUUGAGUUUCUGUGCAAGUUUGGUUGAGAUUCCCUUGUCUCUUACAUAUUUGAGCAAGCUAACUGAACUGAAUUUACCCUGCUGCACAAGUCUUAGCAGCUUGCCAAGCUUCUAUCAUUUGAAAAGUCUCAAGUUUCUUUCUUUUGAGCUUUGCCAAAAGAUUAGAGCGUUUCCAGAGAUUCCUUGUAACUUGAUAGAUCUAAGUUUAGGUGGAACCGCAGUAAAACAAGUUUCCUCAUCAAUUGGGUGCCUCUCUCAACUUUGCAAGUUGAAGUUGGAUUGGUGUGAGAGGUUUGUGAGUCUUCCAGAUAGCAUUUGCAAUCUGAAAUGUCUUAGAUAUUUUGACAUCAUGGAUUGUGUUAACCUACUUGGACUGCCAGAGAAGUUGGGGAAUUUAGAAUCUCUGGAGGUGCUUAUUGCUUCCGGAACUGGUAUCAAAGAACUACCUGACACCAUCUGCAAUCUUAAAUACCUCAAAUAUUUAGAUAUCAGUAAAUGUGUAAAUCUACAUGGAUUGCCAAAUGACUUGGGGAAUUUAGCAUCCUUGGAGGAGCUUAUUGCAUCUAAAAGUGGUCUAAGACAAGUUCCACCAUCCAUCAAUCAGUUGAAGAAGUUGAUAAAGUUAUAUUUUGAUGAAUGUGAAGGUUUGAAACUUCCUCCCUUGACAGGUUUGCCUUAUAUAUUGGAGGUUCAUCUAGAGUAUUGUGGCAUUUCAGAAAUUCCCAACAGUCUUUGCUCUUUAGGAUCACUGGAAAACUUGUUUGUAGGUGGAAAUAAUUUUGACAGCAUACCUGAAAGCAUCGAACAACUUUCGAACUUGGUUGUACUGGAUCUAAGUGAUUGCAAGAGACUAAAAUAUUUACCAGUGCUUCCAUCUCUGAACUAUUUGCAUGCAAGAAAUUGUACAUCUAUGGAAUCAGCAUUCAGUUCAAUCCAACUCCUAGAAGAACAACAAAAGCUUGUCGUUUUAGAAUUUGGUAAUUGCAUCAGUUUAGAUCGAGCCGAAUGUGAUAAAGUUUUGGACCUUGCGUUAGCAAGAUAUUCUCUGGAUUCGGCAUCACUGUGUCUCCCUGGAAGUGAAGUUCCUCGAAAGAUGAAGCAUCAGAACAAGAAUGGAUAUUCUCUGUCUUUGUCUUUCAGAGUACCAGAGCAGCUGAACUUCAGCUUUCUCCUUUUUUCUGCUGUUUUUGAUCCCAAAGUUUAUGGUCCUUCUGAAGGUGUCUUGUGUAUUGGUUGUACAGUCAAUUUCUUAGACAAGUACGGCCACUGCCAUAACCAGGUUGAUUCCUGCUGGAAUCAUGGUUUCUGUUCAAGUCACUGUAUGGCCUUUCAAUCAGAACAUGUGUUCGUUUGGGCUAAGUCGGUUGAUUUCAUAUGGAGAGAGGAUGAUUUAUGUAACAUUGUUGUGGAAUUCUUUGCUGGAGCAUACAAAACUGAACACAGUUGUGAUGCAAUUAUCAAGUGUGGGUUCCAUCUGCUACUCAAUGAUGAUGAGUAGGAGGAGGACAAGAGCAGGAACAGGAACCUGCCCUUCAAGGAUUACAUACCUAGCACUAAUUUCAUGUAUACAAGGUUAUAUAUAACUACUUGCAUUUCAAA